CACUUUGACCGUGCAACCAGUCCCACAGGAAAAAAAGAGGUUAUGUUAUAUGGUAUAUUCUGGUUGAAAUUAGAGGAAUAAGUCCUAAUAACUGAAAUUAUAAUUAUUGGUAAAAGUUGCUACAAUGGCUCUGGUAACUCGUUUUCUGCCCAGUGUCUUAAGCAACUCAAGAAUAUUAAGCAAUCUCUCCCAAAAAUGCCUAAAUUUCCAUUCGUUAACGUCCACAGUGCAAAAAACAGAAGCCCAAGUAGCAAACCCGGGGGGUCUCUUCAACUUAUCAGUAAGAACAGUGAUAAGAGACCAUUUCCCAAGACCGUCGGAGAAGAAAAGGGUUAAGAGGCACGGAUUCCUGCAUCGCAUGAGCACCCCGGCAGGCCGCAGGAUUUUAAUGAAUCGGAUCUUGAAGGGCAGACACGUCUUGUCCCAUUGAACUUCUCACUUUGAUUGUUUUAGAAUUAUAUUAGUAUUAAAAGAGUAGUUAUGGAGAAA